GAAGGAAUACCGGCUUCUUCGCAGGGGUCCUUUCGCCUCCAAACCCCUAUGCGGCCAGAGCCUUAAUCAUGGUUAACAUUUCUGUGAACACACAGCCAGUGUGACUACCCGAUUUUCUCAUGUUUAGUUCUUACAGUCUCUUUCCAUGUCUGGUUGAUUCUUUGCAGCUCUUUCGAUCAUGACUUGGGUGCACCAUGCCUCGCCCGAGGUUGAAGCGGAGUCGCAAUACCGUCUGAUACUUGGGGUGUGUCUGAGCUUGACGCUGUCUAUGGUUCUCAUUGUCUGCUUGCGCCUGACCAUUCGCUAUCAUGCUCGUCGCUUGGAGGCCUCCGACUAUGUGAUGGUGGUGACUAUGAUCUUUAGUAUCAUCUAUAGUGCACUAUGUAUCGCCCAAAGCAGGUACGGCCUAGGGCUUCCCUUGAAAUUACGACCGAAGGAGGAUCUGUCGCAAUACACCAAGCUCAACUAUGCCGGUCGGCCCUUCUACCAAGUUGGUAUCGCUGGGUUCAAGGCUUCGUUGUGCCUCAAUUACCUGCGCCUGAUCUCCGGGACAUCAAAAACACUCUUUCGAAUCCUGAUCUGGGUCACCAUUACUCUCUCCACCGUGGGUCACAUUGCGGGAGCAUUGGUCCUGAUUUUCAACUGUCACCCGGUUGAACGGGCCUGGAACCCUACAAUAUCCGGAUCGUGUCUGCCCUCUGGCCCGACAUUCUAUGGACUCGCGGCAUUUACCAUUAUUUGCGAUGUUAUGAUCAUCAUCCUCCCCAUCCCUUUGCUCCUGCAGCUCAACAUCAAGCCUGCUCAGAAAGCUGGAGUGGUGUGUCUGUUCCUCCUUGGGCUUUUUACGACCAUCUGCUCCAUUCUCCGACUAACUCAGAUUCACCGGAUUGCCCAUGGAGAUGGGAAUUCGACGAUGUUGGUCCUUUGGGGCACCAUUGAAUUUAACGUCGGGAAUAUCGUGACGUGCAUUCCAUUCCUUGCCCCUCUGCUGAAGGGCGCUGUGCGCGAUUUUCGAUCGCACAGCGACCGGAAGCAUUAUGAUGGGCGAAGCUACGCGUUACAGUCUUGGUCCAAAGACCAACGCUCCCAGCUGCGUUCGACAACCUCAGCGGCACCACCGCGCACCAGACGGACUCCCAGUGAGGAGCUGAUCCUGGAAAGUGGGGGUCCUGAGGAAGGAGGGAUUCAUAUGACGGUGGAGCUGCGAGUCUCUUUGGAGGAGAAGUCCACGAAAGAGCGCUGAGGAUGGCCAUUUUCAGUAUUGAUCCUCACGGCUUCCGACGCCAUCCGCCGUUUGAGAUUUUCUUUGUGUAAAUUAAUCACGUAGCAGUCGGGGAAGACCGAAUUUUCUGAUAGCUCUGAACCCUGUCAAUAUUUGGUGUCGUCGCUGCAAAUAAGGAUUGGGAAAGGGUUUGUCAGGGGGCAGAACUAAAGCAGGGUUGAGACCCGUACCCACUUAACUACCCAGUCAGUGCUGACGGCAAGUCACGGCACGGACUGGCUAGACUACUGUCAAG